CGUGUUGCACUUGCUGCUGCAGGGAAGCUUGACGUGGGUUCACCUUGAACUCCACCUCAUCCCCCAGCACAAGUAGCAAAUCUAUAGCCACGACGACAUCUUGCACACCUUCAUCGCCAUGGCCGACUCUCCCGCAUCGUCCGAUCUGUCCGAUCCCCCGUCUGUCGACUCUGACGCCGAAGAGAGACUCAGUACACCCGGACCAUCGUCGCGACCCAGUGUCGAUAUCACGCACAUCGACGCCGAUCAGCCGCCAGCUAAACGUCGCAGGACUGGGCUUUCCUCGUUAGCGACGUUUGAAGCGGCGACACCGCACCCAGAAGAGGAUGACGACAAUAUUAGUGUGUCCUCAGACGGCUACAGCAGCGCGCCUGGCUCGCCGAAUGAUAACGAGUGGACCUUGCGCGAGCAGGCGCAGACCCAAUGUCUCUGGAAGGACUGUACAUUUGGAUCCGCAGAGAAUAACGACGAGCUUGUGAAGCAUGUGCAAGGGACACACUGCGCAACAGGCGGUCCAAAGAAGACCAAGUACGUUUGCGAAUGGGGAGAGUGCCAGCGCAAGACGAGCAAUCAUCCCAGCGGAUAUGCGCUCAAAGCGCACAUGCGAAGUCAUACCAAAGAGAAGCCAUACUAUUGUCAACUGCCAGAAUGCGACAAGGCGUUUACUCGAUCCGACGCCCUGGCGAAACACAUGCGCACUGUCCACGAGCCAGAACCAGCGCGGGGCUCUGCUGCCGACCCGGCUGCUUCAACGACAGGCAAAGGCAAAGGAUUCAAGGCCAAGAGCAACGGCGGUGCGAAAACACAGCCCGCGCAAGAUAUGGGGCCUACAGUCGAUGAGGACGGAAAUUAUGUGGACCCAUCGCCCCCGAACGACAACAUCACGUAUAUACCGGCGCAUCAUCCUAUUACGGGACAACCGGGAUUCAUGAUUCACUAUCCGCCUGAUAUCCACUUCACGGCGUGGGAAAGCAGCAUCUCCGCCGACCAGUUGAUGCGCCUGCUACGGCGACAGGUGUAUUGGGCUGAGACGGAGCGUGAAGAUCUGAAGAAGCAAGUGGACGAGCUGGAGCGGCAGAAGCGCGAAGAGUGGGAAUUGAAGGAGAUCCUGCUCGAGGGCGUGAUGGAGGCGUCACUGGCGCAAGCGGAACAAGAGCAGAUGAUGAGGAACGUGGAAGAGAGAGUACGAGUUGAAAUGGCUCAAGACGUGGAGUCGGCAAAGCAAUUGAGCUGGACGAAGGGAGAGCCCCAAUGGCGAAAGAAGCCGGCCCCGGUACCGCACGAUCGACCGAACUCAGAGACACCAGACAGACCUCAUGCACAUCGCACACCUUCGCCACCGCCGACCGGUAUGUCUGGCGGCUUUGAUGGGGAGGACGAUCCGUACGAUAACUACUUAGCCGGGCAGAUGGCGGAGUAUGAAAAGCGAGAGAGAAUCAGGAGUAUGCAGAACACACCUGCCAAUGCGGCGUCAGAAUAGGACUCUGGCGCUGGAAGCAUCGCUAUGGAGACGAGGAAGAGGCUUCGAUCAUUUCUAA